AUGGAUCCGCGGACAUACGGCCCUUUGCACACGAUUGAGGAGACAAACCCAGAAAGUCGCCGCAAUCACCACGACAUGUACCACCACCACAGCAUCAAGAAAUCGAUAUGGGCAAAGCUCUCGCAGACGUGGAUCUUCGAGUUCCUCGGGUUCCUGGCCUCUCUCUUAUGUAGGGGCCACUGCCACCCUUCUUCGUUGGUACGAUAA